AUGGCCUCCAAGCUCAAGGAGCGGAGGAGGACGCCGGUGUCUCACAAAGUGAUUGAGAAGCGGAGGAGGGACCGCAUCAACCGCUGCCUCACCGAGCUGGGGAAGACGGUGCCCAUGGCUUUGGCCAAACAGAGCUCGGGGAAACUGGAGAAAGCGGAGAUCCUGGAGAUGACGGUGCAGUACCUGCGGGCCCUACACUCGGCGGACUUCCCCCGCGGCCGGGAGAAGGCAGAGCUGCUCUCCGAGUUCGCCAACUACUUCCACUACGGCUACCACGAGUGCAUGAAGAACCUGGUCCACUACCUGACGACGGUGGAGAGGAUGGAGACCAAAGACACCAAGUACGCCCGCAUCCUGGCCUUCCUCCAGUCCAAAGCGCGCUUCGUCACGGAGCCGCUCUUCACCUCCCUGGGCUCCCUCCCGGAGCCGGACUUUUCCUACCAGCUGCACCCCGGGCCCGAGUGCCCCGGGCACGGCCACAGCCCCGGCGACGCCGCCGUGCUCCAGCCGCCCUCGGGGGGGCCCUUUCCCUGGCACGGCGCCGGCCGCAGCCCCCCCCUGCCCUACCACCUCCCGAACGCCGCCGUGCCCCUCGCCAGCCCCGGCCAGCAGCGCAGCACCUUCCUCUCCUCCGUGCAGGGGCUGGACCGCCACUACCUCAACCUGCUCGGCCAUUCCCACCCCAACGCCUUCGGGCUGCCCCCGGGCCAGCACCCGUCCAUGCUAUAGAGACUCGCCCCCGCCGGAAAGAUCCUAUUUAUGACCGCGGACACUACGAGUUACGCCCGGGGAGGUUGCCGGGGGGAGGGCAGGGAGAUGCGCGGGGGUCGCGGAGCGCUCGCCCCGGGGCCCAGCUCUGUCCCCGCCCGCCCCCUCGGGGGCCUGGGGCCGCCCCCGCCCGCUCCU